UAAAAGUGGCAAAGGGUGAGGUCUCCUUGAAUUAUUUAGAGAGCCUUUAGAACUCUUCCGGAAACAAGCUUUUUCCAUACACUCAUACGAAUUCGAAUUGUCUGUUGGUGCGGGACAAAACUUUCCAUUUCCAUGGAAUGCUCGAUCUACAUUUUCUACGUCCCCUCGGGAGCAGUAUACUUAAGGAAAGAAACGAAAAUGAUGAUGCAAAAUUCAGUGACGAAACGUAAAACGUUGAUCUUCGCCUUCUUCGGCAUAGCCUUGGGACUUUGCAUUGGCACCGUUCUCAAAAAUUAUCGCGCACUUGAGAUCGUCAAACGUUGCAGCAUGAAACCGAGUAGUCAGCAGUCACCUUUCGAAAUUAUUGGCAUGAAUCCGGAGGAGGAAACGAUAAGAAACUCUCAGCGAAAUCUUGUAUUCGUCGGGAUUAUGACAGCGAAGAAUUUCAUCGAUGGGCGUGCCCGAGCCGUUUACGAUACUUGGGGUAAAGAAGUACCUGGUCGUAUAGCGUUCUUCAGUUCGGAAGGCUCUUACUCGAAGGAUUUGCCGGUAAUAGGUUUAAAGAACGUUGACGAUCGAUAUCCGCCACAAAAGAAAUCAUUUAUGAUGCUCUAUUAUAUGUAUGAACACUAUAUUGACAAAUUUGAAUGGUUCAUACGCGCCGAUGAUGACGUCUACAUCGAACCAGAGAAACUGGAACGCUUUUUACGUUCGAUCGACAGUUCCAAGCCGCAAUUCAUAGGUCAAGCUGGUAAGGGCAAUAGUGAAGAGUUUGGCCUACUAUCGCUGGAGUUUGAUGAGAAUUUUUGCAUGGGCGGACCUGGUGUAAUAUUGAGUAGCGAGACCCUGCGCCGAGUUGCUCCGCACAUACCUACGUGCUUGAAGAAUCUAUAUAGCACACAUGAAGACGUGGAGGUGGGACGUUGCGUGCAAAAAUUUGCUGGCAUACCGUGUACCUGGAAUUAUGAGAUGCAAUAUAUUCUGAGACAUAACUCAAGUGGCCCAUACGCAUUCACUGGUAAAUUAAAACAUAAGGAAAUACACAACGCUAUCUCUCUUCAUCCGAUCAAGCAAUCACCGCUGAUGUAUCGCCUGCAUUCCUUCGUACAGGGCCUUAAAGCAGAGGAAAUGCGGCAAGAGUCACUCGAGUUACAUCGAGAUAUUAAGCGCAUGGCUAGUUUUUUGGAAAUACCGAGCGAUAGCAAGUAUUUGGUACCUGGCAUUGAGUUAAUACCCGAAAAGACUAACAGCGAUCAGCACUACGAAGAUCAUAACAUUUUAGGCAUUGCUCCGGAUCUGAAGAAAUCGAGGCCUUCGUCAACAGCUGAUCUCCUCGAAUGGUCGUUCAUUGCUCGAAGUCUCUACUCCAGUGAAAAUGCGAACCCAAAACACAAAAUCGAUUCGGCGUUGCGCGAGGGCCUCGAAGACGUUAUCACAGAAGUUAUGGAGAAUAUAAAUAAUUAUUCCCGACAAAGGGGUCGCGUUAUUGAAUUUCGGGAACUACUUUACGGCUACAAUCGAUUGAAUCCUCUGCAUGGACAAGAUUUAAUACUCGAUCUCUUGUUGAUCUAUAAACGGUAUCGAGGCAAAAAGAUGACUGUACCAGUGCGUCGUCAUUUGUAUGUGCAACGCGCUUUCACUGGUACUUUUGUGAAGGAAUUCAACGAGGACUUCUACAACUACACGCUACAAACAAGCUAUCUCAACCACAUGCUGAGCUCAGGAAUCGAGCGAUUUUCAAAACAUUUUACACUGCCCGGUUUGCCAGCCUCUACUGAAACGGCGAAAAUCGUAUUUAUCCUACCCAUCGCCGGGCGUUAUGCCACAUUCCAGCGUUUUUUGACCACCUAUGAACGUAUAGCAAUUGAACAGGAUACGAAUUGCGAUUUACUGGUGGUCGUCUUCGGCAACAGCACCAGUGUUCAAGCACACUUACAACUCUUGCUGGAUUUGCGUAAGCGUCACAUUUACGAACACAUAAACUACAUACAACGGAAUGAAGAAUUUUCGCGUGGCGUGGCCUUAGAUGUGGCCGCACGUUCAUCUUAUAUACAAGCCGAUGACAUAAUGCUCUUCAUCGACGUCGAUAUGGUAUUUCAAUUGGAAACGUUGCAGCGCAUCAGACUCAAUACGGUUCAAGGGCGACAAGUAUAUUUGCCAAUCGUGUUUAGCCAGUAUGACCCUAAGAGACGUUGGACAGGCCCAAAUGUUGAGAAUGCAUUUACAGCACCUGACGAAAUUACCAAUGAAUCUGGCUACUUUCGUCAAUUUGGAUAUGGCAUUUGCGCAAUCUAUAAAUCGGACAUCCUCGAUGAGGACAUAAAUGGAUUUGAUAAAGAUAAGGGAUGGGGAUUAGAGGAUGUAAUUCUUGAUAAAAUUGUUAAGGUUGGUAACCGCCGAAACGAUUUCCUAGUCAACACUGCCGGUUCCACCCAAUACAAUGAGGCAGCGAAAAAAAUGAGGCAACUCAGUAUAUUCCGCGCCCCAGAUCCGACAUUAGUGCACAUAUUUCAUGAUAUUAGUUGCGAUGUCAAACUUGAUGGCCCGCAAUAUAAUAUGUGUCUAGGGACGAAAGCAAACUCGCUGGGUAGCACGCAAUUUAUGGAGCAAUUAUUUUAUAGCAAUAGGGAGAAUAUAGAUUUCAUUUUAGAAUUGAAUCGCAGAAAGGAGCAAAGCUGAGGUGACAUGGAACCAGUCAAAAAUUUAGAAAUACUUAAAAAAAA